AUGUCAAAAGAGGCGUCCAUGUUCCAGGCUGACGAUCUGGUUACGGAGUUUAGUCAAUCAACUGGCCACGAUUUGCCUGUCGAAAACCUACCUUUGCCAAAGGAUUUUCUUUGGGGAGCCGCGACCGCUGCAUACCAAAUCGAGGGGGCGGUUUCUCAAGAUGGCAAGGGUAAAUCAAUAUGGGAUACGUUCACCCACCUUGAGCCUUCCCGGACAAACGGCGAGAAUGGGGACAUCGCAUGCGACCACUACAACAGGGUGGCCGAAGAUGUGGACCUCAUGAGCUCUCUUUGGGUAGAUGUCUAUCGUUUUUCAAUCUCUUGGUCCCGUCUGAUUCCUCUCGGCGGCCGCAACGAUCCAAUAAAUGAAAAGGGUGUGGCAUUCUACAACAGUCUGAUCGAUCAGCUUCUGGCUAAGAGGAUCAAGCCGGUUGUCACACUCUACCAUUGGGAUGCGCCUCAGGGGAUAUACGACCGCUAUGGGGCCUUUCUCAAUACAGCUGAGUUCAAGGCUGACUAUGAACAUUACGCCCGGCUCUGUUUCACACGAUUUGGCGACCGCGUGAAGACAUGGGUCACCUUCAACGAGCCGUAUAUCAUCUCUAUAUUUGGCCAUCAUAGCGGCGUCUUAGCUCCAGGACACUGUGCAGAAAUGGGCAACGAUACCAAGACCGAACCAUGGCGUGUUGGUCAUACUCUGAUUCUCUCGCAUGCGUCAGUAGUCCAGCUCUACACCAAGGAAUUCCAGCCGUCUCAAGCUGGAAACAUCUCAAUUGUUUUCAAUGGCCAUUUCUAUGAGCCGUACUCUGACUCUCAGGCCGACAUAGACGCUGCCCAGAGAAGACUUGAGUUCUACAUCGGUUGGUUUGGAGACCCGAUAUUCCUGGGCCAAGACUACCCGGUCUCGAUGCGGAGCUAUUUGGGAAGCAGGCUUCCCCAGUUUACAGCUGACGAGCUUGAACUCUUACGGCAGACCGCAUCUUCAAAUGCUUUCUAUGGCAUGAACCAUUAUUCCACAAAGUACGCUCGUGCUCUACCUUCUCCUCCUGCGGCUGAUGACUGGACGGGGAACAUUGAAGAGUCGUCAGUAAACAGCCAAGGUAUAGAAAUUGGUCCGGUCUCAGGCCUUCAGUGGCUUCGAAUGGCCCCCGAGGGCUUCAGGAAACUAAUGAAUUGGGUAUGGAACCGGUAUCAACUACCAAUAAUCAUCACUGAAAACGGCUGUCCUUGUCCAGGAGAGUCGCAGCUCGAGGUUGCGAUCAACGAUGAAUAUCGCGAGAGAUAUCUUGGUCUCUAUUUGGAUGCUAUCUCACGUGCGAUCUAUGAGGAUAAGAUUCCUGUUCAAGGAUAUUACGUCUGGUCACUUAUGGACAAUUUUGAAUGGUCUGCAGGAUAUGGCCCUCGUUUCGGCAUUGUCCACGUAGAUUACGCUACUCAGAAGCGUACACCAAAGAACUCAGCCAAAUACCUGAAGGAGACGUUCCAAAAACGGCGCCAACAACUUUGA